AUGGAGGAAAUAGGUGGCAGCUACCUGAAAAUUUUAGUGCAGAGUUCCUUGUUGGAGAAAUCACUAAAUUAUCCAAUUCAUAAUGAGAAGUUAAGGGUUUGUGGAAUCGAGCAACUCGGCAGCAUGAAACAACUCAAAGGUAGUUUGGAGGUAGCCUUAACUCGAAUGACGAAUUUGAUUGAAAGGAAAGAAGGAGAAGAAAAAUUAGACAAUUCGGACACGGGAGUAUCAGUGGAUGGCCCGACUCUGUUCCGCCUUUUGGAUAUACCUUGUCCGCAACGGUAUUUUGAAGGAACUUUCGUGGAGGUCAAGUGCUACUUUCAAGCAUCAAACGUCUUGGGCAACCCAGAAGAGCUGACGGCUGAAAUCUUCAGAUGGUAUUUGAUCCCGGCAACCACCUGUCUCUCCGCCUCCACCACGGCGGUGAAUGUCACCGGAAUACCAACGCCGCCGCAACGGAAUACCUCCCCAGUUCUUGAAUCUCCGGGUCGUUUUCCGCAUUUGGGAUUUUCUCCCAUCCUCCAACUUUCCCACCCAAGGCUUCCGCUUGAUUUCUUUGAAGCGAUGAUUUCAAAGGGAAAUGAAGAUAAGAUUUUGCGGAGUAGUACUACUGUUAGACCAUGCCCUCUGUUUGUCUGCAAGAACAUUGUCUUGGGUUCUGUGCUUGAAGAUGCACAGUUUUUACGUUCACAUGUGCCAUCGGAAUCAAGUAAACAGACUCAAAAAAUAUUUAUGUGCUAUCAUCAUCAAUCAAUGUGGAAUGAAGUUUCAACAGAUAUAUUUUAUUUUCACAAUAACAUUUACCCCAUAUUAUUUAGUUGGUUUAGGUUUCAGGAAACAGAUCAUCGUCGCGCCCGUCCUGAGCACCGUGUAGAUUCCAUGCUUCGUCAACUCGACCAGUUCCCUGUCGACGUAACACCUUCUCGGGUAGUCAAUUUCUCUCGAGAUCAAGAGUUCGAGAACUGGGGCAACACCAUGAAACUCGAGAAGACAUCAACAUUCGUUACUUGGAGAUUAAGCCCACCGCCUAAACCUAUUCCGCUAGAGUUUCAAGAAACAGGUUUUAGGCCUCAUAAGAACGAAGAAAAGCUCAUGAGAGUGGCUCCAUACAAUAAGUACCACUUAGUAAACAAAAGAACCAAUCUUGAACUCCACCUGGCCUUUGGAAAGAAAACAUUAUCCUUGCGUGCGCCUCUUUUGUGUGCUUUGGUCACGCUGCCACCGAACGUGAGAGCCCUUCUCCCUUUAAAGUUGGUGCUUAAAGAGCUCAAAGCUAAAGCGGCUAAAGGGAGCCCUUGA